AUGUCUCGUCAAUCAUUAAUAUACAUUUUGUAUUUUAUUAUAAUUGCAAUUGCUGAAUGUUAUCCGUACAAAUUUAAUUCAAUAUUUAAGAAUCGCGAUAAAAGAUCUUUAAUAUAUCCAGAAGGAGAUCCAUACAUUCAGUAUAUUUUAGGUAUUGGUUUACCAAUUGAACUUCAACAACAGAGUAUAACCAUUGGUACUGUUGGGAAAUUUACAUAUAGAGUUCCAAAAAAUAGUUCUAUAUUUACACAAAACUCUGUUGUAACACAAAAGCGUAAAAAACGUGCACCACCAUUAAUUCGAUGGAAUAUUUAUGAUAUACUUUCGAAGGCUGCUGAAAGUUUAGGUUUGGGUGGCAAGGCCUGUGUUCUUUUAACCAUUUGUGAGACUGCUGAGACACCAUUCGAUCAAGAUCAUGGUAUGAUUGAAGAAUUAUUACAUGUAGUGUUCACACCAUCAACUACAUCAGAAUUAAUUUCAAGCCAUAGUGACAACGAAUAUUUCGCAGCUGAAAUGUAUGGACGAAAUGGUGAAAAUUGUAAAAAAAAAUUUCCUGAUUGUCAAAUUCAUUUAUUAGAUUUGUAUACUCGAACUCGUUAA